AUGCGAAUUCAGAUAAAGGGGGGCAUAUGGAAGAACUGCGAGGAUGAAGUGCUGAAGGCGGCUGUGAUGAAAUACGGACUGAACAACUGGUCAAGGGUUGCUUCACUACUAGUCCGAAAAUCAGCUAAACAGUGUAAGGCUCGUUGGUAUGAAUGGUUAGAUCCAUCAGUUAAAAAAACAGAAUGGAGCAAAGAAGAAGAAGAGAAACUUUUGCAUUUAGCUAAACUAUUCCCUACCCAGUGGAGAACAAUUGCCCCUGUUGUAGGUAGAACAGCUCAACAAUGUUUAGAGCAUUAUGAGUAUCUACUUGAUGAAGCUGAAGGAAAGGUACAUGAUAAGAAUAAAAAUUUAAGGCGUCUAAGACCUGGUGAAAUUGACCCAGCACCUGAGACAAGACCUGCACGAGCAGACCCUGUUGACAUGGAUGAAGAUGAGAAAGAAAUGCUUGCAGAGGCAAAAGCUAGACUUGCAAACACGAAAGGGAAAAAAGCAAAAAGAAAAGCAAGAGAAAAACAAUUAGAACAAGCUAGACGAUUAGCAUUAUUACAAAAAAAAAGAGAACUAAAGGCUGCUGGUAUUACUUCCUUAAAUUAUAGAAAAAAUGACAAAAAUAAAAUUGACCAUGUGAAGGAAAUAUUAUUUGAAAGAAAACCACCGAAGGGAUUUUUUGAUGUAAGCGAGGAACAAGAUAUUGAAGAUGUGAAUGAACAAAAUAAUAAAAAAAUUAAAAGUAUUAAAUCUAUGGAAGUCGAAAAUAUAAAUGAGUCUACACAGUACGACAAGGAUGGAAAUAAAAAGGAAAAAGGAAAAGGUACAAGUAAAGGAAAAAGAAUGAAUGAAGAACAGAAUCUGUUGUCCGCUAUUGAUAAUUAUGACAAGCAAUUUAACGAACUUAGCCAUUUAAGAAAGCGAGUUCGACUAAAUUUACCUGAACCAAUUUUGAAUGAAAGUGAGUUGGAAGAAAUUAUUCAAAUAAAUAAAGAAGCAGCUUCAUUCAACCAAAUUAUUAAAGAAAAUAAUGAUAAUUAUAAUAAUAGUAAUAAUAAUAAUAAUGCUAAUGAGUAUAGUGGUGGUAUUGUACCCAUUAAUAAUAUACUUCCGAGCUUAACAAAUUCGGUAUAUAUUCUGAACGAUAGAGAUAAAUUCUCCUCUAUUGGAACAAAUUUUUACAAUAGAUCCAUUGCAUUUUCAAGUAAGUUAGACCUAAGUAUACAGCAAGCAGCACAAAACAUUAUUUCUAGAAAUAUCAAUGAUCCACUUAUAGGAGUGAACAAUGAAGCAAUGGAACCACAGGAAUAUGAACAGUUAUAUCAUUGUGAUAGUACUAAUGGCUAUACUAACCAAGCUGAUUAUUUUUCUCCUACAGAUAAUACCAACAUAAUUAUUAGAGAUAAUGUAAAACAGGUAAAAGAAGAAGUAGAAAAAAACAAAAAGAUAAAUGAUGAACAGGUAAAUAAGAACGAAAAGGAAUUAAUUAAAAAUGUAAUUAUUACCGAUAUAAAAAGUUUUAAAGGAAAUAUUAGUCAGUAUGCAAGAUCAAUUAUGUCAUAUAAACGUCCGAAUAAUAAUAACUCACUAAUUCAUAACAACUCUUUACUGAGUGACUUCUAUGAUGAUAAUUAUGAAGAAAAAAUUGACAGAGCAAAAUUACUUAUAAAAGCAUCACUAGCAAAUUUGCCAAAGGAAACUAAUGUAAUAGAACUACAAAUGCCACAAGAAGAGGAUGUAGUGAAUGGUCAAAACAUGGACGAAAAUGAAGAAGCAAGUUUAGAAAAAGAUAUUCAAGAUAUAGAUAGAGAAAAAAAAAUGCAGGAAUAUUUACAACAGAAAGAAAAAUUUAAUAAACAAAAUAAAAUUGUUAGAUGGAAUCUUCCAAGACCUUACUUUUUAAAUAAAAUUAAUCUAUUUACUAAUAUGUUACAAAAUGAUUCGAAAAAGCUGGAGCAGUUGGUACAGGACGAAAUGACAUUACUAAUUAAAAAUGAUAUGUAUAAUUAUCCCAUAAAAAACAGCACUCCUAUUCAGAACCAAGUACCUCUCAGUGAUAUCGACAGCACAUAUAUGCAGCAAGCCAUUGAUUCGAUUAACCAUGAGAUGGAAGAAGUUCACAUUGGGGGGAAGGCGAAUGAUUCGUUGAUUAGAAUUACCAAUAUGGGAGGUGCUCAAGAUAGAGUUAAUGACCGAGAUGAAGACCGUGCUGUACAUGAUGUAUGUGAAGCACAUGAUACACAUGAUACACAUGAUACACAUAAUACACAUAAUACACGUGAUGAUGAAAAAAGAAUUAUGCCAAUCUCGAAUGAGCACAAUAUGCAGUAUUGUGAAGAAGACAGUGUAGAUAUGUGGAAAAGAAUUAAUGACGGCAUAAUUUUUUGUCCUUCAAAAAAUUUGUACACAUUUGUUGAAUAUAUGAACGAAGCUGAUAUAAAAGCUAAUUACAAAUACAGAUGUGAAAAGCUGAGAAGUUUUAUUCAAAAAAAUAUGGAAAUAUAUAAAAAAUUAGAAAACAAAUAUGAUAUUUACACUAAGGGAUAUGUGUUAAAAAUUAAAGGUUAUAAAAAAUCAUUUGACUCUCUUUUUAAUUCAUAUAUUAAUUGCAUAAAUGAAAAAGAUGCAUUAAACGCCUUAUACGAAAACGAAAAAAAGCACGCCCUCGAGAGGAUUAAGGAAGAAAAGGAGGAAACCAAAAAAGAAAUAGAGUACCAUAAAUCCUUGCAAAAGUUGUACUCCGAAUUGCUGGAAUGCAAUGUACAGCUGAAGGAGCAGUGUAAGCAAGUGGUGCAAGUAAGCGGUAAAUGUACCGUAAUUCAAAUGAGCAACGGACAUUGA